CCAGUUUUCAUUCCCACCAACAGUUAAGAGUGUUCCCCUUUCUCCAGAGGCAAGGGAAACAAAAGCAAAAAUCAACUACUGGGACUUCAUCAAGAUAAAAAGCUUCUGCACAGCAAUGGAAACAAUCAAUAAAACUAAAGACAACCAAUGGAAUGAGAGAAUAUAUGCAAAUGACAUAUCAGAUAAAGGGGGAUCAUGGACAUUGAAGCAUAUUUUGAAAGAAUUGGUUAUAAGAAUUCUAGGAACAAAUUGGACUUGGAAACAUUAACUGACAUUCUUCAGCACCAGAUCCGAGCCAUUCCCUUUGAGAACCUUAACAUCCAUUGUGGGGAAACCAUGGAAUUGGGCUUGAAGGCCAUUUUUGAGCAAGUUGUGUGGAGAAACCGUGGUGGAUGGUGUCUCCAGGUCAAUCAUCUUCUGUACUGGGUUCUGACCACAAUUGGUUAUGAGACCACAAUGUUGGGGGGUUAUGUGUACAGUACUGCAGCCAACAAAUAUAGUAAUGCUAUGAUUCAUCUCCUGCUGAAGGUGACUACUGAGGGUAAGAAUUACAUAGUGGAUGCUGGAUUUGGACGUUCUUACCAGAUGUGGCAGCCUCUGGAGUUAAUUUCUGGAAAGGAUCAGCUUCAAGUGCCUUGCAUCUUCCGCUUGACAGAAGAGAGAGGAAUCUGGUACCUGGACCAAAUCAGAAGACAGCAGUACAUUGCAAAUGAAGAAUUUCUUAAUUCUGAUCUCCUGGAAAAAAAUAAAUACCGAAAAAUAUACUCCUUUACUCUUGAACCUCGAACAAUUGAAGAUUUUGAGUCUGUGAAUACAUACCUUCAGACAUCUCCAACAUCUGUGUUUACAAACAAGUCAUUCUGUUCCUUGCAGACAUCUGAAGGGGUUCACUGUUUAGUGGGCUGCACCCUUACUUAUAGGAAAUUCAAUUAUAAGGACAAUAUGGAUUUGGUAGAGUUUAAGGUCCUGAAUGAAGAAGAAGUAGAACAAAAGCUGAAAAAUACAUUUAAUAUUUCCUUAGAGAGAAAGCUUGUGCCCAAACAUGGUGAUCAAUUUUUUACCAUUUAGAGUAAGGAGUAAAAAUAGUCGCCAGUAUUAUUUCAUGUACUGAAACUUUUUGUUAUAAAAAAUAUUAAACAUAUAUUAGAGAAAAUAAA